GGAUGGAAACCUGGACAUGAGCCAGCGAUGUGUCCUUGCAGCCCAGAAAGCCAAUCACAUUCUGGGCUGCCUUAAGAGAAGCGUGGCCAGCAGGCUGAGGGAAGUGAUCCUUCCCCUCUCACCAGUGGUGAGAAUUCACCUGGAGUACUGCAUCCAAACGUGAAGUCCUCAGUCCAGGAGAGAAGAGAUAUAUGUGGUACCCAGUGGAGACCCCUUUCUGCAGUGAAUGGCACCUUAGUACGAUUUUAGACUGCAUUGGGUGAGAAUUUACACAACGUACAUUUCAGCAAAGUCUGCAGUAAUGAUGAAACAUUCAUACAUGGUAUGCAGACUUCUUCACAGACAACCACUUCUCGCCAUUACAAAGGAGAAUAGGUUCCAUUACAGACAGAAGAUUGGAGUUUUAGGUUCAGCAGUGCAGCGUAGGCCAUUUUAGCAAGCCUAUCACCUUCUCAUUCUUUAUUUUCUGUUUAAGGAUACCGGACUCAUUCUUUUUGAAACUGUGAGAAAAAAAUUCACAGCAUAGAGGCAAUGAUGAUGGCUGUCCUAGUCCAUAAUCCAUUGAAACUGCCUUGUUCUAUUUUAAGGAGUUCAGACUUAGAGGUUACCUAGAAAAACUUAGAGCCCAAGUACAGCAGUUUCAAUAAAAAAGAUCUUGGUCUAUCCAUGUCUUCACUGCAGGAGUUUGAACUAUGCCAGAUAGUACACUUUUCCUCCUACAUUUUUUGUGGGCUUUUUUUCUGCUGACUACUAGGCUAUGUAGUACUUUCAACAAAAACUCAGUUUGAGAUUAUAUCCAGCAAUUUUGUCUGAAAGAGGAAGAGGAAAGGGAAGAAACAUUUUGAGAAUGAUUGGCAUUUUUCAUUUUAUGAUAGCAUUCUUACCUUCAGAGUUGAUACAUGUUGAUAAUCUCUUCCUGUUUCAAGCUAUAAAGGCAUAAAUUGCCACUGUCUGAGCCUUUUCUUAAUCAUGAGAUCUUCCAUGCAACCAGACAUCAAGCAAAUUAUGUGUGCAGGAAGGGCAAACUGAGAUUGUUCUGUUACACAUCAGUCUCUUUCAAGGUGGCAAUAAUCACUUCAGAAGCACCAUGAUAGUUAGCUAGCUGAUGGGUAUUUUGACAAGUUCAUGAUUCAAAUUCACUUAGAAUUUGAAUGACAAAGCAAUUGAGUGAGAAUGGAAUCUAUUACAUAUAAAAUAUAGGAAGAAUGAAAAUUAAUGGGAAUACUAGAACACAGAGUACAAAAAAGCUAUUGGUAAUAUUAAAGCUAUCAAAAGGUUCUAACGAUCUAAAUAUAAAUGCUCGUUUAUUAAAACAUGGACAUAGGAAAAGGAGAAACAUAUCUCUUUGAAAUAUGUCCAGGGUAGUGCAGUCCUUCACUGAACUAUGCCUAAUUUAUACUUUAAUGCACUGGGAUUUUUAAUGUCCACAUUGGUCAUGGAGGCCUCCAUGGGGUGAGGGUCACUGACACCCCAGGAUGAGCUAGCAUUAGCUGCAUCUUCUUUCAGAAGCAUGCUGAGAAAGAAAAUACAGAUACUAAUCUUGAGAUAAAUCUUCAGAGAUUCAACAGCAGCUGAGCAUUUGUGUGCUUGAACAGCUUUUCAGAAAAUGGCAAUUUUUGCCAAAUACACAACAGUCCCGCUAUGCCCCUAAGGUAUAAUAGCCACCUACAGGGACACUCCAUCUGGCUUAUAUAAGGCGUUGACUGAUCUCACAUUUUCCACUCAGACAAUGGAUGUACUUGGAAAAGGAUUUCAAUACACUGCAGUACAGCUCCCGUAGCAUGGAAAGAGCUAUUUCACUGUAAGUAUUCCCAAUUUAAGAGCUUUGUUGAUGCUAGGAAGGAUGGGAAAGGUGACAAUAUUAUCCAGCUAUUACAGCAGUCAUUUUAAGAAAAAAGAAUACACUGAGGAGAAUAUGAUGUUUUUAACUAUAGCUGUUAAAAACUAUGCCAUUCAAUUAUUUGAUUUAGUAAUUCCAGAUUACUAAAACAACCCAUUAUAAUCCACUGAUAUCUUGUAUUCGGUACAGCUCAAUUUAAAACUUAAAUAACUUAAAUGUAAAGCUUAAAUAGCAAUGUCACAAAUAUAAAACAGUGGCAAUCUUUAGGACAUACAGUAAUACUUGUGUUUGUCUCGCUGAGUAUUUGUCAUCACCUCACCAGAUAUCCAUGUAUAUGCCCAUAGCUAGGAAAUGUAGCCUGAGAAGUGUGCCAUGCAGGUUUUACUUUUGCAGUGAGAUGUUACUUUAUAAAAAUCACUUCUCAGUUUCUAUUUAAUAAAAAGAUUCACAACUAAAUUGGAACUUCCUUUCCAGGGAAAUUCACAAGAAUCAGUGUGCUAUGAUAUUGGAGUCAGCUUUAAAAUAUUCCAUGAGCUUUGGCUCACAAUGCCUGUUACUCAGCAGUAUUUUUCCUUCUAUGGCAGAACUUCACUUUGGUUAUUACUUACACAGAUUUGCCGCAUUCCCUACACUACUCACAGUAUCAGAUGACAGAAAAUCAAGUCAAAAAUGCAGGAAAAUUGUUGCAACUAAAAUUGAACACGCUGAUCUGAAGCUUCAGGAGAUACAAAAGUGAUAUUAUAGGCUCAUUUUUUUUCACUUGAGUUAUGCAAACUGUUCAAUAGUUUUAAUAAAAAUAUUUGAUUAAAAGGCAUCUCUCCUUCUAAUCUGCCUUUUGAACACCUUUUUGCAGGUAGUCAUUUGGCAGCUCCACUGGAAGCUGAAUCCUUUUCCAGGCUUGUGCCUAACCCGAGCAGGCACAGGGCCUGCCAUGGGCUCAGCCCAGGGUCGUAGUGCGGAGAAGGGGAUGCUCAUCGCCUUGUGCUAUGAGGUGAACGGCUCCUGUCAUAGAACCCUGCAUCCCUUUGGGGUGCAGCUGGCCAUUUACCUGGCCUGUGCCUUAGGCAUGCUCAUUACAGUGCUGGGGAACCUACUCGUUGUCGUCGUUGUUUCCCAUUUCCAAGCCCUGCACACUCCCACCAACUUUCUGCUCCUCUCCCUUGCCUUGGCUGACAUGCUCCUGGGAUUGACCGUGCUGCCCUUCAGCACUAUCCGGUCUGUAGAGAGUUGCUGGUAUUUUGGAGAUGAUUUCUGUAAACUGCACACCUUUCUGGACACACUCUUUUGCCUGACCUCCAUAUUUCACCUGUGUUUCAUUUCCAUAGAUCGGCACUGUGCGAUCUGUCACCCUUUGCUCUACCCCACCAAGUUUACUCUAAGAGUGGCCUGCAUGUGCAUUGGGGUGGGGUGGGCAGUCCCCGUGGUCUACACCUCUGUCUUCCUGUACACUAAAGAGAUUGCAGAAGGGCUGGGCCAUUUUUUGCAAGAUGUACCCUGCGUUGGUAGCUGCCAGCUGCUGUUCAAUAAGCUCUGGGGGUGGUUGAAUUUCCCAGUAUUCUUCUUCCCUUGCCUCAUAAUGAUAGCUUUAUAUGUAAAAAUAUUUACUGUUGCUAACAAGCAAGCCAGAUUGAUAAACAACAUGAAUAAAAGUUUUGGGGCUCACCUACACAGAGGAGCAUCCAGAAGUGAAAGGAGAGCAGCAAAGACUCUUGGGGUAGCUGUAGGAAUCUAUCUCCUGUGCUGGCUGCCCUUUACUAUUGACACCAUGGUAGACAGCCUUCUGAAUUUCAUCACUCCUCCAGUCCUAUUUGACAUCCUCAUUUGGUUUGCAUACUUUAAUUCUGCCUGCAAUCCCUUGAUCUAUGUAUUUUCCUAUCAUUGGUUCAGGAAAGCUGUGAAACUAGUCUUAACUCAGGGGAUCUUUUGUUCCAGGACAUCAAGAGUAGACUUGUACCAAUAAUGACCAGACCCUUCUUAUGAACCAUGGAAAAUAUUUUAGCCUAUGUUUAGGCAUUCCUCAUGAAUAUUAUGGAUCAUCCAGCUAGGUAGUUUUUUAUUUUUCCUAAAACAACUGGCUUGGGCAAAUCUCAGGUUUAAAUAGGCACGCUGUUCUGUGAAUAAUUGUCCACAACAUUUAUCUCAGCACACACGCCUUGUUAGUCUUGACUUUGCUAUGUGAUGUGACAAGUGUUUGAAACUUGUCUAUAGUCAGCUGCAAAACAGGACACCAUCCAUACUGUUUCUGAAAAAAUAGCUGCCUGUCUCUCACGAUACCUUUUGAACAGACAGUUGUUUAUUUGGUUUUUUAAUAAACAAAGUAGAUGAUGUUGAUUUAGUAAGUUACAAAGGGUGUAUGCUAAUUUUUAAGUACAAAAAAGUAUACAGGCAAGACAAAAUCCUAAACUAUGGUAGUGGCCAAUAGCAGAGGAAAAGAAAUGUCAAUCUGAUACUUUUAACUUGAUUUUCCUAACCUGCUACUGAGCCAGAUGUUACGUAUGGGAAAUGCAUCCUAAAUUCCUUGGUAGAAUCUCUUCAAACCCAUGGAAUAAAGAUACCUGUUUAGUCAGAAUGUGCAAAGUGACUGCUCCAUACCUUUAAUCUUACUGUCCUUCUUUGUAUCUUUUCCAUUCCUACUGUGUAAAGGAAGUAGAAGAAGGGGACAGAGGGAGGAAAGGAGUUACAUGGAGUAUUCAAACUGUUAAUAAUUUUAGUGUUUUUUUUUCUUUGCUGUCGUUCUUUUCCCUAAGAUUCCUCAUGCUUUUGUGUUUGAUUGAUUGAUCCCAAAGAAGUGAGUCUGCUUACAGACAUAACAUAUGCUUAAAUACUUGAACUGCACAUAAAGUGUCAGUGCAAUUUCUUAGAUUUCUUCAGCUAUGUUUAUGUUUAUGUGAUUUCAUAGGCCAAUUUUAGAUCUGUAGACAGCUGUGAACUCUGUUCAGGAAGCAGCAAGCUGAAUGGUAAAAUUUUGUACUAUACAUAAUGGAGUUAUUUUCUACCUCAAUGUUAUGACCAUUUUAUCAAGAAAAAAGUGUAGCAAGCAAUAGUAAAUCUUUUAUAAAUAAUUAAUAGGCAUCCAAAUAAUGACUGUAAUAAUUCAUCAUUUUAUUCUGUUAAUGGCAUGUGAAACUAUUAUUAGGUUUCAAUGUUGUUUGAAUUAUUAUUGUCUUCUAAAGAAUGUCAUUUCAUCUUAUAUUCAGCUGCAUAUUUUCUAUAUGACAAACAUUGAAAGAAGAAGAGACAGCUACAUAAAGGAUGUAACUAAUAGCAAGAGACCAGAAGAGACCCAACAAUUUUCUGAAAAGAGUGAUUAAUUUUUUACUAAAUUCAGUAGGCAAUUGAAUCAAUCCCACCAAGAAGAAAAGAGAGGAAUUUCACAACUGAUACUCUGUAGGAAAUCAGGGCAAUAAAGCGAUUGUUGUAGCACCUAUAUA